GUACCCCAUUUUUGUUGUGAGUGACUGCCCAGCACUGACAGGAUACUUCAAAGCAUCCACAGUUACCAGCCUGACAAAGAACAAGGCAGAGGUAAUGCAAAAGCACACAACUGUGGACAUCCCAAGAGUUAAAUCCCUCUUGGUUUGUGAUCACCAACAGAAAAAGACUGAUGCCACUCAAACUGUAGUAACAGGCAUGACUGGGAAGAGGCUGCAUGCUGUGUGGGAAAUACACAGGGAUGACACUCGUUAUCUACAAACCAUGUAACAAACACCCUCUCGCUUCUGCAGAACAUACACAUCAAUGGUAUCAAACUGAGCCUGCACCCUUGAAGCAUGUUGUAUAUACCAUAUAUGUUCAUAUAGCAAAGCAGUUCCAUAAGGAACUCCUUAAGGAGACUUUAAUACCUGAACAAAAUCCCAGCACAAAUCCUGACACACAUAAAACACCACAUCACUGGAAGGAAACAAGUCAUCAGCUUUUUUUUAGCAAACAUUAAGUCAUCCUCAGAAUGAGCCGGUACUCAGUGGAGCGGACAGGCCCUUGGUAUAAAGGUAAGGGUGGCAGCAGAACUCCCCACCUUGGCCUCACAGGUCCCUCCUGCCCCACCAACAAGCACUCCAUCUGCAGCAUGAGGAGCACAGUGCUAGCACUGGCCUCACUUGCACUCCUGAUCACAGCACAGGAAGGCAAAGGUGAAGGGAACAGCAUGAGGCUCUGUGGGAGAGACUUUGUCAGAGCCAUAGUCUUCACCUGCGGCGGCUCUCGGUGGAAAAGGCACUUGACUGAUUAUCAGUACCUGUUUGAGAGUGAAAAUCCCCUGCCUCUCUCACAAGAGAACAACGGCUAUGCUGACCCCUCAACGUACGCAGACCAGAGUCUGGAGACCGACAGCGAAGAAAUCCACAAUGUCAAGCAUGAGGCAGAGCAGGACUUGCAGCACUCCAGGAAAACAUUUAUCCUGCAAAAGCGUGAGGCAGCUAAGCUGCUCACCACAUCCUGCUGCAGCAUCGGCUGCAGUGAGAGGGAUAUCAGCACCCUGUGCUGAAAGACAGCAGAUGCUGAUGAGGUUUGAUGUAACGUCUUUCACGUAAUAAA